AGCGCUCGGCACAAAUCUUAGCACGUUCCGAUAGAGUGGUGUGUUUGUGGCUGCUAAGCAGAGGGGAUGGAGUCAAACCAAGCUCUUUGAAAAAUAAAAUCAGGGCUCUGUUUGCACCAUGUCUGGCUUCAAAUCAAUUAGUGAUGAGAGUGGCUGAUGCUCCCGGUGUGCGCUUCAAUGAGAGCGAAAGGGUGACGGACAGUUAUAUCUUCUAGAUUCGACUGCUGGGCUUAAAAGUGCGAUCCUUUGGUUCAUCUGCGACUGAACUCAAACCAGACCGAUGACUCCCGGAGAUUCCAAAACUAUCACCGACCUCAUGCAAGAUGUGCUUCGGACUGGCUGUGGUUUCUCCUCCUCAUCCUCCUUCUGAUGUUCAAUGGCAGACGAAAACCGCUCCCUUCUCCUUUCCUGUCAUCUUUUGAUCUCCGAGAGAUGGCUCUGAUCCACAACUAAACAACAGGACAUCCCUCUCUGAUCUCCUCCCUCUCUGACCAUCUUCUCAUCACCCUCCCUCACCAUGGCCUGCUUGCUGGUAGCAGUUUUCCUCCUGGUUCUCCAGACAUAUGCUGCCCCACCAGAUUUUGUUCAGAGUUUGGAUGUAGGCCCUGGACUCACAGCUAAUGACACUCUGUCUCCACCCCUGGGGACUAGUAAAUGUGCCCCCCACAGCAUUAUCAUUGGGGUGCGUAAAGGCGGCACACGAGCCCUGCUGGAAAUGCUAGACAUCCACCCUGAGGUCGCUGCCGCUGCCACAGAGGUGCACUUUUUCGACUGGGACGAGAACUACGCUAAGGGAUUUGACUGGUACCGUGAGCUGAUGCCAUAUUCCUACCCACACCAGAUCACAGUGGAGAAGACACCAGGCUACUUCACCUCUGCCUUGGCGCCAAAGCGCAUCCGUGCCAUGAACUCCUCCAUCAAGCUGCUGCUGAUCUUGCGGGACCCAACUGAACGUGUCAUCUCAGACUACACCCAGGUCUACUUCAACCGCCUGGAGAACCACAAGCCAGUGCAGGCCAUUGAGAACCUGCUGGUGCGCAGCGGAGCCCUCAAUACCCGCUAUAAGGCCAUCCAGCGGAGCCUCUAUGACAUGCACAUGACCAACUGGUUGCGCUAUUUCCCCCUAGAGCAGAUCCACAUCGUGGAUGGGGAUACUUUGAUCCGGGACCCGUUGCCUGAGCUACAGAAGGUGGAGCGUUUUCUCAACCUGCCCCCCAGGAUAAUGUCCUCCAACUUCUACUUCAACCAGACCAAGGGGUUCUACUGCAUCCGGAGUGAAGGGCGAGAGCGCUGCCUGCACGAGUCCAAAGGGCGUCCCCACCCUGCCGUCAACGGUACCGUGCUGCAGCAGCUACGCUCCUACCUCCGGGAGCACAACCAUAACUUCUACCGGCUGGUGAAGCGCUCCUUUGACUGGCAGUAAGGCAGUUCACCCCUCUACCGAUGAGGACUAGUUCCCCCUGGCCCACAUAUGACUGUUCAAGGACUGACUGACCAGUGUUAUAGGGGGAGAAGCACUUUACGAACUCUGACACCCAAACACCCCUGUCAAUCGCCUUUUACUCUGCUCUGGUGUCAGCAGAGCAGUUCCACAUUUACGAAGCAAGAACUUACAAACUAACAUGGAAAAAUCCCCAAGAUUGAAGUCAUUCUCUGUACUGUACCUGCCAAAAGUGAAGCGAUGCGGAUUGUGGAAAAACUCAUUUGUGAACCUGAUUUUAACUUUUGUUUGAUAUUACUGUACUUGAUAAUAAAUUGUUUUGCUUUAAAAAUGUAA